AUGACUCCAGCACAACCCACGAUUCCAAACACGAGUGCUCGGGAUGCGGACAGGCCUCUCAUGGAGCUCAGAAGUGCCCUCGAGCUCAAGCAGCAUAAUCCAGGAAGCCCAUACAAAGCAGACGCAUGGAGGUGGCAUCUCGAGGCAACAGGCCUCAUCCACCAAUAUCCAACCCUUCCGUCCUUUGAUGUCGGAAUUCCUGCUAUCUCCAGAACCUUCGCACCUGCCAAUAAAUCAUCAAUUGACACCUUCUCCGAGGAAUACAACCACAACGUCCAAAUUGAGUUCGAACGUGGGAGAUACAUUGGGCCAGCUUCCUACAUUGACACCCUCUGUGAAGAACUGGGUAUUCCAUGGGAAGCAGAGAAGGACAUCCCGUUCCAGUCAGCAGUACCGUUCAUUGGGUUCCUCUGGGAUCUGGAGCGGGGUGAAGUUUCCAUCACGAGUGGAAAGCAAGAGAAGUAUCUCACUGCCAUCACAGCCUGGGAGGAGAGCACAAAGCACACCUUGGAAGAGGUGCAAAAGCUCUAUGGCAAACUCCUCCAUGCUUGCCUGGUCAUCCCAGCAGGACGAUGGAAGGCAAACAACCGAGACAUCGGCUGGGCAGAGGCAGCAUCCACUAUGCGGUCUAUGGAGACAAUCGAGGAGUCGUGGAAGGAUGGUGGAAAGGUCGCAGCAGGAACUGGCCAACAAACAGUAUCUUCCGUAUGUAAGGAGAACCCAGCUGACGGCCCUUCUCGUGGAGAAUAUGGCACGACGCAAGACCUCCUCCCUGCCAUCAACAUCCCCAAUCACCUCCAGCACUAUGUCGGCCGGCCCACCCAUCUCUCCGCUGAAGACCUGGCCCGCAUUCUCGAGGUAAUGGCCGGGGCGUGGGCGGAUGGGACUCUGGAAGUCUAUGGGACAGGCCUCCUCACCUGGCACGCCUUCUGCGACAAGAACGGAGUUAGUGAGGAUCAGAGGGCCCCAGCCUCACCCCUCCUCAUCGCCUCUCUCAUAGCCACCCUCUCAGGUGCUUUCUCUGGUGGCACCAUCGCCAACUACGUCUAUGGCAUCCGGGCAUGGCACAUCCUGCAUGGGGUCCCAUGGAAGAUGGUCGACCCUGAACUGGAGGCACUGCUCAAGGCCGCAGAAAAAGCAACCCCACCCACGUCAAAGAGGAAGAAACACCAGCCAUACACAAAAGAUUUCAUGGUUGCUAUUCGCGGUCAGCUAGACCUCUCAACGCCCCUCCAUGCUGCCGUUUAUGCCUGCUUGACAACCACAUUCUGGUCAGCUGCCCGAGUUGGUGAGUUCACGGUCAAAAACCUGACAAGCUUCGACGCAAACAAACAUGUCAAACCCUCAAACGUUACAACCACGACAGACCAGAACGGCUUCGAAACAACCGAGUUCUUCAUCCCCUCCACAAAGUCUGAACCCACCAACGGAGAGACAGUCUCAUGGUCGAGACAGAACGGAGACACGGACCUGGAGACUGCAUUCCACAAUCACAUAGAUGUCAACUCACUGCCAAAUGGUGGCCACCUCUUUGCGUACAAAGUAGGCUCAGGAUACAAGCCACUGACAAAGCACAAGUUCAUUCAAAUUCUCACCACCGCAGCACGAGCAGCUGGCCUAGAGCCACUUCAAGGCCAUGGGAUCAGGAUUGGGUCAACACUCGAGUACCUCCUGAGGGGGAUUCCAUUCGAUGUGAUGAAAGCAAAGGGAAGGUGGGCAAGUGACGCCUUCCUCGUCUACCUCAGGAAGCAUGCCCAAAUCCUCGCACCAUACAUGCAAGCAGACCCAGUCCGCCAGGAAGAAUUUAUCAGGCUAACCAUGCCUACUACGCCGCCACUAAUCAGGUAA